AGGCCAGACUCAGCAUGGCCCUCCACACCCAGAGCCGACAUGAAGCCAAGCAGAGAGAGAGAGAGAGAGAGAGAGAGAGAGAGAGAGAGAGAGAGAGAGAGAGAGAGAGAGCCCGGAGUGAAGCUCGGUAAUGAUGGAGGAUCUUUGAACACGGAGCUCGUUAUUCACCUGUGAGACUGAGGUCUGCCUGCUGCCCGAGUCAUGAAGCUGAACCCUCAACAGGCUCCUCUCUAUGGGGAGUGUGUGCUGACUGUGCAGCUCAGUAAUGAAGACGUGUGUCACCGUGAUGAAGAGGAGGAGGCAGAGUUUUAUCUUCUAUUCUCAGGAUCGUCACAGAGACACGUGAGCAGCACCCUGAGAGUCAGCCAGGUCACGCUGCAGGCGGUGUGUCCAGCCCAUAAUGUGUGUGAGCAGGUCUUGGUAACAUUAUGUGUGGCUCGGCCUGGAGGACCAGUGGACACACACUCUCAGGAGACCUUCUGCUUCAUACAGGAUCUGGCUCUGGACAUGGCUCACUUCCUGUUGCACUGCACAGAUCCACAGGAAGCUCUGAUGUUGGAGGACCAGCAGAGUGAGAGGUUGGAUCAGAGUCUGGCCCUGGCCCUCAAACACCUCAGCCUGCCCCCCCACAGGACGACAUCAGGACCCCCCACACACACACACGCUGACACACACACAGCUGAGGCUCGAGUCCAGCAGCUCUGCAGUCUGCUGCACUUGGCGUCCCGUCACGGUCUGAUGGCAGUGGCGUCGUUUGUCCUGCAGCAGCCCGGAGGUCGGGACGCCCUGAGGAGGCCGAGCGCUCGGGGAGAGACGGUUGCCCAAGAGGCCGAGAGACGAGGACACGAGCAGCUGCUGCAACUCCUCAGACGGUACGAGACGUCCUCACAUGUCGAAGAGGAACCAGAGGAGCAGGUGCUUUCUUACCCAGAAGGCCGAGUGUUCUGGCGCCAUGCAAACCUGGGUACCUACACCCUGACAUUACAGAGAGAGGAGGGGGCGGAGCCUGAGAGCAGAGAGCACCUACAGGACGAGGUGGAGGAGCUGAGGAGGCUGAUUCACCUUCACAGAGACACCAAGGGAACCUCGGGUGUGUGUGGUCACAGAGCAGAGACAUACACCUGCACAGCGCCCUCUGGUGGUGGGCUGCAGGCGUGCACUAACGGGCAGGAUGCAGGCCCAGCCGCUGUAACCAUAGAGACAUGUAGCACAACAGAGGAACAGGGAAGUCCUUUGUCAUUGGAGGAGAGGACACAGGGGGCGGAGCUUGCUGCUUUCACUCAGACUUCCUGUAGCAGUGGUUUGUCUAUUUGUAAGAAACAGGAAGCUGGAGGAGAAGUGAAGGGAUCUGCAGGCCGCGCGAGAAAGAACAAAAAGAAGAGUUGUAAAAGAAUGAGCAGAGAGGAGAAGAAGAGGAACGCUCAGAGGAACACAGACACCAGCAUCCAAGACACUCCAUUACCCAUAAAGCCUGAUGGGAAGUGUGCCCCCAGUCAUGCAGUUGCCGUGCCGACCACUACUGUCGUAGAAAAACAGGAAGUAGAGAAGUGGGAAGUGGAGCAGCUGAUGUGUGAGCGAAGUGUAGAAACGGAAUCAGUAACGGAGCAGAGACACACUGAAGGACGGACUCAGACACACACUCAGAGCCGAGACCUGAGAUCAGCUGUUCAGCCCACAGAAACCAUGGGUCAGGAACAGUCACAGGGUCCUCAGGAGAGCCAGUCAGACCCAGAGGGGCCGAGUCCACCUGACAUGAAGUCCCCCGAGGUGGAGAGGAAACCCCGAAGAGUUCUUUGGAGGGAUGGAGGCUGGAUGAGCAGCAGGAUGGGAUCAGAAACAAAGACGCUGUGGUAUGAGGGGGAGGGGGGUGACCUGCAGCAGGGGGGUGAAGGAGGUGUGAACUCUCAGUCUGUUUGGUAUGACGGAGACACGAUGGACACGAGUGGACAAGAAGAGCCGGAGCAGAGAGAGCAGGAAGCUGAGAGUCCGUCUGCAGCUUGGCCACAUGCUGCUGGACCUCAGCCAGCUCCGUCACAUGGGCCCAGCGCCGCACAAAGACAGGAAGUACACGCACCACAGAGAGAGGAGGAAGCAGGGCCCGAGUGCAGGAGAGAGAGAGGGGCCAGCGAGAGCAGAAAGAGCUCAGAAACGGCCGACAACAACAACGAGGAGAGAGAGCCGAAGAGCAGGAGGAAGAGGAGGAAGAAGAGAGGGAGGAGAGGGAGCUCCGGCUCCAGCAUCGAGUCUCACAGAGGGCCAGAGGCAGACCUGAACCCAGAGCAGGAGGAUCAGACAGGAACCGUCUCUGAGACCACCACCAGAGAGGAAGCUGAGCAGGACGCCAUGACGCUGCCCGGUCAGACGGAGGGCCGCAGCAGUGUGUUUUCUCCAGAGGUCGCUGUGACAGACGAGAGGGGGACGGAUCAGACUAGAGGGACCCCUGUACACACGGGGGACACACAGGAUGUGGACUGUGAACCUGAUCACUCCACUUCUUCUUGUGACGCUGCUGCAGAACGUCCUGACAUCACUACGACAGACGGAGAGGGAAACACAGCUGACGGAGAGGAAUCAAGGGGACAUGUGGGUCAGGACCUUCAGACGGAGGAGGACUUGUCAGUCCAGGCGUCUCUGUUUACAGACGCUCCUCCAUCCACAGACGACUCAUCUGAGGUGGAAUUUCCUGAACUCAAAACACAACCCGUCCCGCCUCUGGACUCAGACAGAGCGGGUCAACCUGUGGACCAAGGGGCGGGGCUUCCAGGAUUUAUGGACUCAGAGCGUCCUGCAGGGACAGGGGGUCCACCGUGUGAAGGUACAGCGGAUGUGUCACUGCUUCUAACAGGGGAAGGAAGCGCUGAGACAGCUCCGAGGGAACACUCAGGGCAUUGUUUGACCUCGGAGACGAUGAGAGAUCAGCAGCAGGAGAUGUGUGUGGGUGAGGAGGGGGUGGGUAAGGAGAGGAGGAGAAGGAGUGAGGAGGGUGACAUCAGGAUGGUACAUGGGGAGGAGAAAUCGUCUUCAAACAGAGACACAGAGCACAAACACAACGAGGAGGAGCUCGCUGCAGCAGCUGUAGCGGUCGUAGCGGUAGCGGUAGCAUCAGCCUUGGUUAGCAUAGAACUGAGCCGACAGUUAGCUAACAAUGAGUCAGAGGGGGAGGAGUCUGCAGGAACAGAAAGAUCAGAGCAGGAGGUACUAACUGAUGCUGAUCGGUCCCUGCAGCUGACGAGGAACCAGCACAGACACGUGUUAGCAUCGAGCACAGCUGAGGCGGGAAACACGCUGAAAGAGCAAGCUAACGAGGAGCCGUUAGCAUGUGACACUGAAGAGCAGCUAGCAGAACAUCUCCAUAGCAACCAGCAGGCUGUAGACACGUCUGCCUUCACACAGCCUGUCACAGAAGGAAAUCAAACCCGACCUGAAGGAGCAGACAGCACGCUGAAGGCCGUCCUGAAAACUUCAAGACGAGUUACAGACGAGGUCACAGCCGAGGUCACAGACAAAGUCACAGAUGAGGUCACAGAGGAGGUCACAGACAAGGUCACAGCCAAGGUCACAGCCGAGGUCACAGACGAAGUCACAGCCGAGGUCACAGCCGAGGUCACAGACGAAGUCACAGAUGAGGUCACAGAGGAGGUCACAGCCGAGGUCACAGACGAGGUCACACACAAAGUCACAGAUGAGGUCACAGAGGAGGUCACAGCCGAGGUCACAGACGAGGUCACACACGAAGUCACAGAGGAGGUCCCAGACGAGGUCCCAGACGAGGUCACGGCCGAGGUCACGGACAAGGUCACGGAUGAGGUCACGGACAAGGUCACGGAUGAGGUCACUGCCGAGGUCACAGAAGAGGUCACAGACGAGGUCACAGACGAGGUCACAGAUGAGGUCACAGAAGAGGUCACAGACGAGGUCACAGACGAGGUCGACACUCAGACGGAGAGCGAGCUCCUCUCUCCUGUUAGAGACACAGAACAACAUCCAGAGGGCAGCAGAGAGCAGCCUGUCUGUCUGAGCGAGGCAGGAGGUGAGACAGGUCUGCAGGUACAGGAAGGUGAGAGGAGAGAUUUGUCCCAGGUUAGAGAGAGCCAGGCUCCUCAGCUGGAUGAACAGGUUCAGGGUCCCUCUGCCCCCCCCUGUGACUCUGCAUCUGAAGCUGAUCCUCGUCAUGAGGAACCCCCUGUGGACGUGGAUCUGAGCGAGCAGCAGUCGUCCCGGUCUCUGUCAGACUUGACGCGGGCUCCUGUGGGCGGGGACAGUGAAGAUCGGGACUUCGACGCAGAUAUGGACGCGGUGGACGGAUGGAAGGAGAGAGAGAGGACAAAGAAGGAGAGAGGAGAGGAAGUGAGGAGAGACGAGGUGACAGAGGAGGACACAUCAGAGACAGAAGCAGAAAGCUGUGAGCCGAGCAGCCAAGAGAAGGACAGCACACACAUCCAGCAGAUCCAGAGGGACAGAGACGUCUUCUCACCUGCUCAGCCCCGCCCUGAACCCAGCUUGCCCACAUGUACAGACGUCCUCCCAGAGACAGACGAGUGUGUGUCGCUCUGUUUGACACACCAAGACAGUAUGAAGGUCCGUCCUGAGCCGGACGACUGUGUCUUUAAAAAGCCUGCAGACCCUCCCCCCCGUGGAGGGGUGUGUGUCUCCUGGUCCUCCACAGAUGAAGCCUGUCCUGGUGAGGACCCUCUGGACCCAGCGGCCCCUCUGACCUCCAGGCCGUCCUGGAAGUCUGAAACAGAGGACCGAGGAGGAGGAGAAGAAGCGGACCAGCUCACAGAGAAUCCCGUCUCCUCAACCGUCAUGCGAGCGUCCGUCCGCUCUCUCUCUCCACUCCGACGUCACAGCUGGGAGCCGGCCGCCGCGGAGAGUGACAUCACAGCCAGCAGCCCUCUGAAGAGCCAAUCAGGAGAGAGCAAGAGAGCCAAGAACCCCCUGCACAGGAGAAGCAUGAGCUGGUGUCCAUCCAACCUGCAUCUCCCUGAUCCUCAGCAGCAGCACAUAGACAACAGGAGCUACAGUCUGGAGGGUCUGGAGGAGAGGGGGAUGCUGCAGACUCAAUGUCCCAGCAUCCUCUCUGAUCAGCAGGAGAGGAGUUCAGGGAGGAGAGAAGAGAGAGGCUCCCUGCUGUCCCUCACUGAGGAGGAGCAGGAAGGAGACGCCUGCAGCUUCCACAACCAGUCGUCACAUCAGGUGCUGUCAGUGACCAACAGCUGUCCCGCCAUGUUUCACCACCAAACCCUCACCAAAUCCAUCUCCAUGGUAACCAUCAGAGACAUAGGUGCGAUUGGAUGUUCUCCAUCAAAGCGACGAAUCAGCUUGUCCCUCAGUAUCCCCUCUCUCCUCCCUAAAAAUAGACGCUUCUUUUCUAUUGGCUGCUCCUCCAGUGAUGAUGAGGAGGAGGGAGGGAGGGGCAGCUCGUUCUGCAGUAACUCUGGCUCACUGGAGUACAGUAUUUCAGAGGAGGAGCCCGGCCCCCUGCGGAGCGACACUGAGGGAAAAGGAGGCCCUAAAAUCAGCCGCACGUUCAGCUACCUCCGCAACAAGAUGACCAAGAAAGGAAAGGUGAGAGCGUCUGCAACAGGUGCAUGCACCGCACCAGCUGAGGGGAGGAGCUUUACAGGGGGAGGACUUUUACAGUGGGAGGAACUUUGCAGUGGGAGGAACUUUAGAGUGGGAGGAGCUUUAAAGUGGGAGGAGCUUUACAGGGGAGGAGCAUUAUGUGGGAGGAACUUUACAGGGGGAGGAGCUUUAUCGUGGGAGGAGCUUUACAGGGGAGGCGGUUUACCGUGGGAGGAGCUUCGCAGUGGGAGGAGCGUUACAGUGGGAGGGGCUUUGCAAGGGGAGGGGCUUUAA